AUGCGUUAUACUAUCGCCGUCGCCGCUAUCAUCCCUCUCGUUGCCGCCCAUGGCAAGAUCGCAGUCAUGACUGGUGACAUGGGAGGAAACACCACUGGUCUCGGUAUCCAAGGUGGCGUCAUCCCUGGUGCCGGAACCAACAAGCAAACUGAGGUCGACACCACUGUCUUCAACAGCAAGAACGCCGCUACCGAUGGUCUUGGAAAGACAAAGGCUGGUGCCAACACCAUGGCUGACAUGACUGCUGUCAUGGCUGCUUCCGGUUCCACCCUUCCUCAAGUUUCCGAUGGAGGUCAGCUCAGUGGAACUAUCCACAUCGUCACCACUGAUGGAGCUGGACCAUACUCUGCCAUCGUCGACCCAACCGGUACCGGUGCCUUCUCUCAAGGUACCCAAGCCAAGGUUACCACUCAAGUACCAGGUACCAAGGGUAACAUCGCCGCACCCAAGCAACGUUCCCUCAUCAUGAGAUCUCUCGUCAACAUGGGUAUCGUCAAGCGUGCCAAGAACGUCAACGAGGACUACCCCAUCGCCGUCUCCAUGCCAGCAGGCAUGUCCUGCACUGGAUCCGUCGGUGGUCAAGAGAAUGUCUGCUUGGUCAAGCUUGCUAACCCAUCGGGCGCUGGUCCUUUCGGUGGUGUCGCCGCUUUCCAAAUGGCUGGUGCUUCAACCGCUGGUGCUGCCGGUAAUGCUACCGCAGCUCCCCCCAAGAGAUCCAUCGGUGCCAAGUUCCGUGCUUAG